CUUUCGAGACGUCUCAGUUGUCGGUAAGGCCGGCGGGGCGGAUCCCACGUAUCGUGAAAGAGAAAAUAAAGCGACAAAACAACCACAACAACUUGGCUGUGUUGAACAUUUGGCCAUAACGUUCCCCAGUGGAUAUAAAACUUUAAGAUGCCCUCUGCGAUGAAUGCGAACGGGACAGUGCAGGCAGCUAGCCCAGAUGCGGGAUCCUCUCCAGGUUUAAUGGGCUAUAAUGCACUUGGCGGCCAAUCUGAAGUCCUGAAGCAAGUGCUUCUUGUUAUUGACAAGAAGGCCCGCAACAUGGAGAAGAAAAAGAGCAAACUGGAUGACUAUCAAGUUCGAAAGGAUAAAGGCGAGCGUCUUAAUCAGGACCAGCUGGAGGCCCUUUCCAAAUACCAGGAAGUCAUGAAUAACCUGGAAUUUGCCAGGGAGUUGCAGAAGACGUUCAUUACUCUUGGACAAGAUAUACAGAAGGUAGUGAAGAAGUCUGCCCGACGGGAGCAGCUGCAGCGGGAGGAGGCAGAGCAGAGAAGGCUGAAGACAAUUCUGGAGCUGCAGUUUCUUCUGGAUAGACUGGGAGAUGAGUCAGUGCGGCAGGACCUGAAGCAGGGAGUCGGAGGCUCAGCUCUUCUCACGGAAGUGGACCUGAUGGCGUUUGAUGACUUCUACAAAUUGGUGGGGCCAGACCGGGACCAAAAUAUCAGGUUGGCUGACCAGUAUGAGGAGGCAUCCGUGCACCUGUGGGACCUUCUGGAAGGCAGGGACAAGGCUGUGGUUGGAACAACAUAUAAAGCACUCAAGGAGAGGUUGGACCAGCUUUUGCUGAGUGGUUACUUUGAUCAGGUUCCAACUCGCCAAAAUGGAGUGUGUGAGGAGCAGCUGGAGGAGGGGACGCUGGAGGAGGAGGAAGUGGAAGUACAAGUACCAGCAGUCGAGGCAACAGCAACUGAAUCAUCUGAGGCAGAAGAGCAGGCCGUUGACACAGAAACUGAAGUAAUUGAAGAGUACGUAGAGCCUAUUGCAGUGGAAACAAAGGAGUUUGUAAACAGACAGUUCAUUCCAGAUGGCACAUACAGUGGCAGUGAAAAGGAGCAAGGGGAUGAGUGGACCACAGAAACUGAGGUGGUUGCUGCCAUGCAGCAGCAAGAACAACCACCACCCGUGCAGCCUGGCCCUCCUCCUAUUCCGCUGGAGACCCACCCAUUGAGCUUAGUGGCUCCUGUGCCACCUACUGACGCCAUGGUCAGGAAGCAGGUGGUGCAGGACCUAAUGGCACAAAUGCAGGGAACGUACAACUUCAUGCAGGACUCCAUGUUGGAGUUUGAUGGACAGCCCAUUGACCCCGCCAUUGUAUCAGCCCAGCCUAUGAAACCCUCUCAAACCAUGGACUUGCCACAGCUGGUGUGUCCUCCAGUUCAUCCAGACUCGCGGCUAUCGCAUCCCAACACUGUUCCUGUCCAAUCUGAACCCACACAUGUUCCUAUUGUCUCCCCAACGCCAUCACCCAUGUUUCAGACCUCCCACUCACCAGAUUCUCGACCAACAGUACCUAUCAACCCUAUUCAGACGUCCAUGUCGUUGCCCUCAGAGCAUCCUCCUCCUUCCACAUCUCUCCCACCUGCCUCCCAGACACAGGUUUUCCAGCCAGUUCCCAAAACUCCUCACAGCAGUGGCAUCAAUGUCAAUGCUGCACCAUUCCAAUCAAUGCAGACAGUAUUCAACCUCAAUGCGCCAGUCCCGCCUGCUGAGACGGACGCUUUGAACCAGCCCAGCCAGUACCAGAACAGCUUCAACCAGGCCUUCGGCAGUCAGACUCAGCAUCCGGUGGAGCCGACAGAAAUCCAGUCAGAACAACUGCAACCUGCAGUUGGUGCCUUCCAUUCCCAAGACCAGUCUGGAGGCCAUCAACAGCCAUCACAGCAAGGCCCAGGCUUUGGCAGACAGACUCAGUCCUUCUAUAACAGCAGAGGGAUGUCACGUAGCGGAGCUCGCAACGCCAGGGGCAUGAUCAAUGGCUACAGAGGCUCAUCAAAUGGCUUCAGAGGUGCCUACGAUGGUUAUCGGCCUCCUUUUGCCAACACUCCCAAUUCUGGUUAUGGACAGACUCAGUUCAACAGUCCGCGCGAUUACUCAAAUGGGAGUUACCAGAGGGAUGGUUACCAACAGAACUACAAGCGCGGAGUUGGCCAGGGACCCAGAGGCGCAUCGAGAGGCAGCACUCAGGCAAUGAGAUCCUGAAAGGUCUCUAAUAAUGACAAACUGCACCACACUGAAAAUUCCAAAUUCAAGAGUACUUUUACCCCAGCUCACUCUGCUCUCUUCAGUAUGUUUGAUAUUGGACAAUAUCAAUCAAAUCAUUAAUCUGGACACACGCAAAGCUGUGAAUUGAAUCAAGAGAUUUACAGAGGCCAUGUGUAAACAAUAUUCCUGGAAACUUGAAAGAUUUCAUAAGUUAUUUUUUGUAUUAAAAUGCACCUGUCACUGCUGGUCCAAUUCAUGGGAGUUGUUUCCCUUUCUCAGUUGAUAUUGUCAUUUUGGUUUGGGGAAAGAAAGACGUUUUUAUGUUCAGCAACAAGCUCCCUUUCCUUGUUUGUGAACUGAUGUUGCUUUAAGGGUUUCAAUAAAGUUGUGUUGCAUACCCUAAGACCUUGAAUUUGUGCUAUUGGUUAAUAGAUACCAUUCUGUGUGGGCUAUUCCUUUUCGUGCCUUGGUUUCCCAAGGAUGAGAUAAGCUCCUCACACUUGGCCUGUCUCCCUCCCUCUGUAACUGGGUGUUUAACUUUCUAACAGGCAGGCCCCAGUCAGUCAGAGUCCACAAUCGCACAUCCAGCUCAAGAAUUGUGAGCACUGGGACCCCACAGGGGUGUGUGCUGAGUCCACUCCUCUACACGCUCUUCACCUACGAUUGCGUGGCCUCCCAGAACAACACCAGCAUCAUUAAAUUUGCGGAUGACACUACAGUCAUCGGACUGAUCACUGGUGGUGUUGGAACAUCAUACAGAAGAGAGGUGGCGGACCUCAUAGCUUGGUGUCGUGAUAACAAUCUCCUUCUCAAUACAGAUAAGACUAAAGAGAUGAUCAUCGACCCAAGAACAAGGGAAAAGGAGCCGCAUAGACCCCUGUUUAUUGAUGAGACUGAGGUGGAGAGGGUGAAAA